AUGGCAAUCCUUGUUCUUCAUUACACUCUUCAUAAUUCUGACUUCUUCAUUGUAGUUGCCACGUACAUUUCUAUUAUUCGUUGCAUUGCAGAUUUUCACGUUCUUGUUGGUUGCAUUGCGAUGUCUCUAAGCAGGCUAUCAACUUUCCGUCUUCAAUCCUUGAAAAACUGCUCUAUUGUUCUCUUCAUGUUCUUCAAUUUUUUCCAACCCUUUGUUCAUCCACUUUCCUUCAGCAUCAAACGCUUUGGUCUAGAUGCAAACAACAUACUUUAUGAAGGUGAUGCCGCGCCUUCUUCAUUCGGAGUGAUUGAACUCAGCACGAUCGCAGACACAGAUAUAUAUAUUUCCGCACUGGCCGAGCUACACUUCACUACUAAUUUCUCUUUCGUUGUCGACACUCGUAAUAGAACCUCGUUUGCUGAUGGAAUUGCCUUUUUCAUUGCCCCUGUUCACUAUUCAAAUCCACCAGACUCUGCUGGUGGUGAGCUAGGAUUAUUGAACAGCACCACUCGUUUUGAAGCAUCCCAAAACGAAAUUGUAAUGGUUGAGUUUGACACUUUGACAAACCAAUGGGAUCCACUCGGGCCACACGUUGGGAUCAAUAUCAAUACCAUAUCCUCAGUUGUUCAUGCCAGUUGGGAUGCUCCCGGCAACAGUGGGAAGAUGGCUCACGUACAGAUAUUUUAA